GUGCCUGAACCUUUGCAGACCGGAUGACCUUUAGUCACGGGAAGAACUUGUCCGUGUAGAACUUCCGGCAUGGUGCCUGCCUGCAGGAGUGCUCUCGCAGCUUUUCCCGGCAGGACGUAAUUUAUUCCGGGGUCUCCCUUUGCCGGUCGCUCCAGGUUCCUGUGGAUGUUUGAUGCUCUGGCUCUCCCGCUCGGCAUGGUCGGGCGACGGGAGCCUUCUCUGCCGGGAUAUGAACGGCUUGCCCCGCGGCUGCAACAAUGGAGGCUCCAUAUGAUGGCAGUGAAGUAACUAUAGUUAUGGAGGAGAUAGAAAGUGCAUACACCUAUGCAUCUCCGGUGCCUUCUAAGAAAAAGAAGAAAUAUAGAAGUCCUGGGGAUCAAGGAGAAAAGACUAAAAAGCCAAGAUCUGCAUACCUUCUAUAUUAUUAUGACAUAUACCUGAAAGUUCAACAGGAGCUCCCACAUCUUCCUCAGUCUGAAAUUAAUAAGAAAAUCAGUGAGAGUUGGAGGCUGCUUAGUGUAGCUGAGAAAAGUUAUUAUUUGGAGAAGGCCAAAUUAGAAAAAGAAGGCCUAGACCCGAACUCAAAAUUGUCUUCUCUGGCUGCUGUAGUUCCAGACAUUCCAGGUUUUCGUAAAAUCCUUCCUCGUUCAGAUUACAUAAUUAUUCCUAAAGGCAGUCUUCAGGAGGAAAGGAGCAAGCAGCACUUGGAACUGUGUGUGACUCCGGGCCAAACAGCCUCAGAAGGAGUAACAGCCUCUGCUAACAUCACAAGUGUCUCCCAUGGUACUGUGCAAAACAUCCUUUCCGUAGACACCAACCACAUUGGCAUUUCUGAGCAGUGCAUUGCCAUUGAAGGGGCUUCAGAAGACCCGGCCUCAUUUGUUCAGUCAGACACGAUAGAAGAAGUUGUUGCAUCAGAGAUCUUGUCCCACUAUGUCAGACCUGCUCCCCAUAAAUUGGCCGGCAAUGUCCUCCUGGAUGAGGCUCCUCUGGAAGUAGGAGAUGGCUAUCCCUAUCAAGCAGCUAGUGUGGUUAUUGAAGAAACCCUGGUUAACUGCUCAGAAGCUUCCAGUGGAGGCAUUACUGUGACACAACCUCAAGCUUCAGAUGGCCUCUCUGUGGUCACGGUGGUGACUAGAACAGACAGAGAAGAAAACAAUUCUUCAAAACCUGCUGCACAGUUCAUUAUGCUUCCUCUGCCAGCACAUUCUGUUGUGGAAAACCCAGCAUCAAUCAAACUGACAACUACCUAUACCCGCCGAGGGCAUGGAAAUUGCACCAAUCCUGCCUGUUCAUUUACAUAUGUCACCAGACACAAGCCACCCAAGUGCCCAAUGUGUGGGAACUUUCUGGGAGGUAAAUGGAUCCCUAAGGAGAAACAGCUGAAAAGCAAACCUGAACCAAAUUCAAGUUUGCCUAUAAAAACGCUGGGGCCCAAGAGAAGUCAGCCUCUGUUAGCUUCAGGACAGGCUGUGGCCCAAGUCAGUGCCUCUAAAUCGAUGCUGGAGAGCUCUGAAGCUGUAACCCAGCUGCUAAAUGCAGUCCCGGCUGUGGGGCAGGUGCAGGAGGCUGAGUGGGAAGAAGUAAUCAUCUCGGAGGCUCACAUCCUUGCAAACAAUCUGCAGCCAGCGGAACAAGGAAAUGCCACUGCUGUCAUUCACCUUCAGGAGAGCAUUGCACAGGCAGACCCUCCAUCAGAACGAAGGGAGAAUGAAGGAUUGGAGAAGCAGCCAUCCACGGAGGUGGGGAAGGCUGCUAACUCACUUGCCCAUCCAUCUUCCGCUGUGAAACUUCCAGUGGGAAUUGAUGCUCUUGGCACAGUCCCUAAGGUGCAGGAGCAGAAGAGUAAAACGAGACCCAAGCCUUCUCUACUGGCUGCUGCAAGACCCAUGAGGGCCAUCUUGCCUGCACCUGCCAGCCUGGCAAGAGAAACCAACACAGAGCAGCCCUCUGGCAAACAAUCAUCGGCAAACAAUGAAAACUCCCCCAUAAGGAUCUCGGGGCUGAAGCCUAGUACUCUGAAGCAGCUGGGUCAGUCUUCCUUGCAACCAUCUACUGUGGAAGAGCACAAGGUCCAGGGUAGCACAAACAGUUCAGCGUCUCGUGUUAAGGUGGUAGAGGUCAAACCAGAUGUAUUUCCUUCCUACAAAUAUAGCUGCACCGUGACCUUGGAUUUGGGCUUGGCCACGUCACGUGGAAGAGGGAAAUGCAAGAACCCUUCUUGCAGUUAUGUGUACACCAAUCGGCACAAGCCGAGAAUCUGCCCUAGUUGUGGGUACAACCUUGCCAAAGACAGAGCUGAGAAAACUGCAAAAUCCCUGGAGGUCACCUCUAGUCCUGUGCAUGUUCUGAACACCAGUGAGCCACUAAUUCAGUCCCAGAAAGAGAUCCAGCGACAGUCCACUCUGCAGCUUCUGCGCAAAGUAAUACAGAUCCCAGAGAACGAAUCAGAGCUGACCGACGUUUUUGCACUGAUCAAUGAACUCAAUAGCUCACGGCUUAUCCUGUCUAACAUGAAUGAGGAGACUGUCACCAUCGAGCAGACCUCUUGGUCAAACUACUAUGAAUUUCCUUCAUCCCAGUGCCUUCUCUGUAGCAGCCCUUUAUUCAAAGGAGGACCAAAUUCUCUUGCAGGCCCACAAGAAUGCUGGUUGUUGACUGCAAAUAGGCUCCAGGUAGUUACUGCUCAGCUCAAGGUGUGUGUGAAUGUGCAGUGCCUGGCUCUCCACAGCUUCAACGAUAUCUAUACUGGUUUGUUCAAUGUGGGUAACAAGCUUUUGGUGAGCCUGGACCUCCUGUUCAUGAUAAGGAAUCAUAUUAAGCUUGGUGAGAAUCCUAAAGUGGCUGUCAGCAGCAUCUUGGAGUCUGUGCAGGAACAGACAGAAAGAACCUUGAAUCCUGAGGAGUUAAGUCAGCUUGAGGAGCUGCUGUGCAAUGGCUACUGGGCCUUUGAAUGCCUCACUGUACGAGACUACAAUGAUAUGAUCUGUGGAGUCUGUGGCAUUGCACCCAAAGUUGAGAUAGCCCAGAGGAAUGUGGAAAAUGUUCUGUCGCUGAAAAAUAUUGAGUUUACCUGGCCAGAAUUCUUGGCAUCUAGUGAAGUUAAUGUGGAAGACUUCUGGUCCACCAUGGAGACAGAAGUGAUAGAGCAGGUGGCAUUCCCUUCCAGCAUCCCUAUCACAAAGUUUGAUGCCUCUAUCAUAGCUCCCUUCUUCCCACCUCUGAUGAGGGGCACCGUGGUUGUCAAUACGGAGAGAGAGAAGAACCUCGAAGCACAUAUAAUGCCAGGUAAUCCAAGUGUCCUGGUGAGGCUAAUUCAGGAUGAAAUAUGCAAGAUGGAACAGAUUGGCUCAUACAAUAAGGAAGAACUACAGAAUUUCUUGACUCAAUGCAGCAUUCCAUGGGAGGCAGAGGAUUCAAAGGAGCAGCUUUGUCUUUCACUUCUAGCUCUCUAUGAUUUUGUCCAGAAUGGGACACAGAUCAAACAGCCCCCAGCACACUUGACUGGAGGAAAAAUCUACAAAGUCUGUCCGCACCAGGUUGUGUGUGGUUCAAAAUACAUUGUCAGAGGUGAAAGUCCCCGGGACCACGUGGAUCUCCUGGCCUCCUCCCGCCACUGGCCGCCAGUCUAUGUGGUUGAUUUGGCCUCUUCUGUAGCACUGUGUGCAGAUAUUUGCUAUCCUGACUUGACUGCUGAAAUGUGGGGAAGGAAUCAGGGCUGCUUCUCUGACCCCAUGGAGCCUUUAAAGUAUGUGUCCUGCCCAGAACUUCUUGACAGGCACUACUGUGUGGACAUGACCAAUGUGGAGCAUUCUGUUGAGCACCCAGUCACCAAAUCUGCCUGUCGCCGAGUGGUGCAUCCUGGGGCAGAGCAGAGCAGCCAGAAUGACCCGACGGCUCGAUAUCGUUCCCUCUCUCUUUGCCGGGAGCUAGAGCCCUAUGGUGCCAUCGUUACUGCUAUUGAUGACAGCAAAACCAGUAAUGUCCGCCAGAGGCCUAUAAUCUUCGACAGCGCGACCCACUAUUAUCUCUACAAUCGAUUGAUGGAUUUCUUCUCCAGUCGGGAGAUUGUGAACAGGCAGAUUCACGAGAUUGUUCAGAGCUGCCAGCCUGGCGAGGUGGUGAUCCGGGAUACUCUGUACCGUCUAGGGGUGGCCCAGAUCAAGACAGAAAUGGACGAAGAGGAAGAGAACCAAGAGGAGAAUGGUAUUGCAUAAUGUCCUUUCAGGUGGCUAUCUGUUGCCUGAAGAGAUGAGAGCAAAGCUCCAGGUGCUCCUGGUAGUUUGGCCCUCCGAUGAACUCCAAUCCUGAACAGCUUUGACAGCUUCUGUUGACCAAAGAGUCAUGUGCUUCCGUUGAUAAUCUGGAUUGGGUUUUUGAUCUGCAAAGGGGGUGUGCUUUCUGUCCCAAGGGGCUGCUUGAACUAGCCAGGGCCAUGCAUUCUUAAGAAGAAGAAGAAGAAGAGAGAAUUUCCAGUGGCUUCAAAUGGCUAGCAGCAGUAAGAAAAUCAAUGUGCAUAGGAUUGCCUUUCUAAAAUGGGUACAUUACUAGCAUCCUGAGCGGAAAGAGGCAUGUAAAAAGUUGGAAGACUGUCCCGAUAUUAUCUCCUGAAGGGGCGGCCAUAAUAGACGAAAGAUCAUAUGGAGUCCCAGCUGCUACUGACCUCUAUUCUGAAAAGAACUUGCAGAUAGCCUUUGGGACCUCAUCAGUAUCCUGGGAGUAAGAGCCCAUCUGCCCUUGUAACUUAACUCUGCCUCAGACUGAGGAGACUCAACCCAUACAUUUAGUCUUGGCAAUCCAGGAUGAGUUACUUUAAUAGCCAUGGGCAUUAAGGUAAGGAUUGGACUGCAAGAGGCUAGAACCACCCAGGCUAGCGUAGUUGUUACUGAGGUUUUUCAGGGAUUUGUAUGUUUUGCAUAAUGCAACUGGACAAUUUGGUCAGGAGAGGAUUUUCUGGCACUUUACUUUAUAUCCUGUCCAUGGACUUAUAAAAUGAUUGCUUUUUCCUCUGUCUAGGGGCACAUUUGUGCAACAAUAACUGGAUUCAUUGAACACAGUCUGACACACUUUUCUGCUUACUUCCAGUAAUGAAACUUGCUAGGGAAUCUUAACUUAUACCUGGCCUCUUUGCAAACCACUACAUACUCCCUAAUUCCUACAUUAUAAAACUGACCUGGAUUGUGUUCCAUGCAGUCAUACUUCUUCAACACUUUUUGCCUUGACACCAGCAUGGUGGUUCUUACAUAAUGUGUUGAACCUGGUAUGUGAACCUAAGUUGUCCACCACUUCCUACUCACCUUCAUCCAUCCAUGAAUCUGAAAAGUAUAAAAUGAUUUUUUGCUAUCGGUGAAGGCAGGAGGCCCUGGAAAGUGAAGAGGAGCACCCACUAUAUUUUUAUUCCAUUUUGUGGUGUGGAUUUAAAUAUUCCCUUCUGUGAAGGAUUCUGGGGGCACUGUUAUUAAAAACAAGCAAACAAAGAACCAUACUGAAUUUCUGACAAAACGUAUGAUUUGCUGUUAAAGAUUCUAAUUUAUGAAAGGCACUUUUUUCAGUUGAUGAUAAAUGUUAAUAAAUUAUCUCUUCCAGUUUUGGAGAGUG